CUCCUUAUUGAGCCCAGGCCCUGACUCGAUAACCGCAGCUACCCCACCUGGUAGUGUCCGUGCACACAUGCAGGGCUUUCUUUCAGACUCUGCUGCACAAACGCACUCAUGGGUUCUGGACCUGGAUGCUCCCCGUUGCUCUUUCUAAGAGUCCUCAUGAUUUCUGCUGCAGCAUGUGCGGUCAACCUGGAAGGAGCCCUUUUCAAGGAUUUGAUGGAGGGCUAUAACAAGAAUGUGCAACCAAAUGAGAAAAAUGGAAACGUCACCCAAGUCUCCAUCAAGAUGAUUCUCACCAACCUCAUCUCUCUGAAUGAAAAAGAGGAAGUCCUGACAACCAGCGUGUGGAUCGAAAUGGUGUGGUGUGACUACAGGCUGAGGUGGGACAAACCACCAAGAUCAGCUUUGUAUGGGAACAUAACGUCGAAACUACGCGUUCCCUCCAAAAACAUCUGGCUGCCGGAUAUCGUGUUGGAGAACAACGUGGACGGACAGUUUGAGAUAGCAUAUUACUGUAACGCGCUGGUGUCCCCGGACGGCUGCGUGUACUGGCUGCCUCCUGCCAUCUACCGUAGCGCCUGUGCCAUCACAGUGAACUAUUUCCCCUUUGACUGGCAAAACUGCACUAUGAUCUUCCGCUCCCAGAGUUACAGCGCCAAUGAGAUUGAACUGGAUCUCCAAAAAACGGAGAACUAUACCCUGGAGUGGGUGGAAAUUGAUAAAGAAGCUUGUACAGAGAACGGCGAGUGGACCAUCAGACACCGACCCGCCAAGAAGGUGAUCGACACACAGUAUACUAAAGAUGACCUGGAGUACCAGCAGAUUGUUUUCUUCCUCAUCAUCCAGAGAAAGCCAGUUUUCUACAUCAUCAACAUCAUAGUCCCCUGUGUCCUCUUCUCCUCCCUUAGCCUGCUGGUUUACUUCUUGCCUGCUCGAGCUGGGGGUCAGAAGUGCAACAUGGCUAUUUACUCGCUUCUGGGUCAGACCGUGUUUCUCUUCUUGAUCGCUAAGAAAGUUCCAGAGACUUCAAAAGCCGUGCCUCUAAUUGGGAAAUAUCUGAUGUUUGUGAUGUCAGUGACCACCAUUGUAAUAAUAAACUGUGUGAUUGUCCUCAACGUGUCUUUAAGGACUCCGAACACUCACAGAAUGACAGACAAAGUUCGUAAGAUCUUCUUGAACGUGCUGCCUCAGCUGCUCAGGAUGAGGAUGAAAGUCUGGACACCAGACGAUGAGAAAACUUCUGAAACUCCUGACGGAAAACCUCUUUACAGAGACCGACUCCACUGCCGCCGCUGCAGCUCCAUUUCUCUCAUCACUAAAGCGGAGGAAUAUUUAGUGGAAGUGGCCCGAUCUGAGCUGAUGUUUGAAAAACUCAAAGAGAGGAACGGAUUAAUGAAGUCAGUUUUAGAAACGCUUCACGGUGGAGUGAAAGGAGGCACCGCUGAACAGCUUAGUGUCAGCCUGGCGCAGGCCUCACCGGAGCUGAGGCAGUGCGUGGCCUCCUGCAAACACAUAGCAGAGACUGCAAGACAACAGAACAACUUCCAGAGUGAAAAUGAAGAAUGGUUCCUGGUGGCUCGUGUGAUCGACAGGGUCUGCUUCAUCGUCAUGGCGUUAGUGUUUUUCGUCGGCACAACUGGCAUUUUCCUGAUGGGCCACUUCAACCAGCCUCCCUCAACACCAUUUGAUGGGGAUCCAAAGGAGUAUCUCCCGCCCUAUUAAAGAAAUCCCAGUGAUGUAACUGUGAGGGCAGAACAGGAGCAAACCUCCUGGGCCGGACCAGGAACAAGUCUUUAAUUGAAUCUGAUCACCAAACAUUGAAUUCUGAUGGCUUUUGUUGCAGGUACAUCACAGACAUCUCUGGCACAAAGAAUUGAGAGAUGACUGUUGAAGCAGGAGUGGAGAGUCCUUCAAAGAUUCAGAUUUUGCUCUCAAUGGUUCAGUCUGAAAGUCAACUUUCAUUGUAUCCAAAUGAAUGCAUUUAUAAAUAAAGUCACUGGACAAUG